AUGUCAAACGUUUCACAAUGCUAUAUCAAGACAGAAAUGGAACCUUUUACCUAUUUUUACUACUUAAUUUUUCUAAUGGGUUUUCUGGGGAGUUGUUUUGCACUAUGGGCAUUCACACAAAAAGGUCAAAAACAGAAGUGUAUGAGCAUCUACUUAACUAACCUCUUAACGGCAGACUUUCUGUUGACUUUGGCAUUGCCAGUGAAGAUAAUUGUUGACCUAGGAGUUGCAUCCUGGAAACUGAGAAUAUUCCAUUGUCAAGUUACAGCCUGUUUCAUCUACCUGAACAUGUAUUUAUCAAUUAUAUUCUUGGGAUUUGUAAGCAUGGACCGUUGCCUUCAGCUAAUGCACAGUUGUAAGAUCUACCGCAUUCAAGAGCCUGGAUUUGCCAAGAUGUUGUCUGCAGUUGUAUGGACAAUGGUUCUCCUUAUAACAGUGCCUAACAUGGCUAUUCCAAUAAAAACCAUUGAAGAAAGGCCUAAUGCAGGGUGCAUUGAUUUCAAAACAAAAUUUGGAAGAGACUGGCACGUGUUUACAAAUUUUGUAUGUACAGCAAUAUUCCUGAACUUUUCAGCUGUGAUACUGAUUUCCAAUUUCCUUGUUGUUAGACAACUCUACAGAAACAAAUACAGUGAGAGUUACGCGAAUGUGAAGAAGGCCCUGAUCAACAUAUUGCUUGUAACAGCAGGCUACAUACUGUGUUUUGUUCCAUACCACAUCGUUCGCAUUCCCUACACUUUGAGCCAGAAUGAUGCCAUAACCAACUGCUCUCUGAAGCAAACACUCUUUCAAGCAAAAGAAUCUACCUUGCUGUUUGCAGUAUCAAACCUCUGUUUUGACCCUAUUCUGUAUUAUCACCUUUCCAAUUCAUUCAAAUUGAAAGUUACUGAGACUUUCAUAGCACCCAAAGAGACAAAGGCUUUCACAGAUGAAGAGCCAGAACACAGAAACAAACAGCAGGUGCAGACAUACGGAUUCUGAACUACAUGGAAACUGUGUGCAAAUACAGGAUAUAAACAGCGAUUGUGCAAUUAGAAGCAUGGCUACUAGGGUCAACAACAUUAUUGUUGAAUCAUAAGCCCAAGCAGAAGGAAAAAACUUGAAUGACAGUACUAAUUGCUUUGUUAUACAUUCACAUGGUAGGUCUGAACUAGCAGAACAUUUGACACUGCUUUUCAGAAAUAUUUCAAUGUACCAGUGACAACCUAUGAAGAAUCAGCAACACUUCAGAAUAUUUUUUUCAUACUCAAAUAUACAUUCUAAUUAUUUACAGUAAACACCUGAACUCACCCUACGUAAAAUAUUGCAUGCUAUAUUAAAUGACUUGGUGCAAUGAAGUAAAGACUUUUUUUUAAAAAGGAGUUCAUUACCUGCACAGCUCUUCAUAGAUAAAAUUAACCUAAAAGCAUUUUAAAGAGUAUUACUUAUUCUAGAAAGCAAUUUUAAGCUGAACUGUUUAGAAAAUACUGUAUUCGCUUAAAUUUCACCUGCAGUUUUCAUAAAUAAAGUUCUUGUUCUUAUCAA